AUGUCAGAUCAACCCCGCGGCCGCGGCGGUCGCGGUCGAGGAUCUCGUGGCGGAGACUUUGGGGACCGCGGAGGUGGUCACGGAGGACGUGCCCGAGGCCGCGGAGAUUUCCAGGGCCUCCCUUUUCGCCCUUCUGAUCGUGGGGGCCGCGGUGGUGGUGAUCAUCGCGGCCGUGGAGACUUCCGAGGUCGCAGCCGAGGUGGUGGUCCUCAGGGCCCUCGUAUCUUUGAUGAGGGCAAACCUGUUACUCCGCCUGAUGCCACCGUCGUCAAGACGGAAGACGCCGUGGCUAAGGCGCUCGUUGCCAGUCGCCAGAAAAAUGGAAAGAACGCUGCCCGGGCAUAUCCCGACCGGCCAGGAUACGGUACUCUCGGUCGGCUUGUUACGCUAUACGCCAACUAUCUGCCCUUUACCUCAGUGGUUAAACCAAUCUAUCGCUAUCAUGUCUCCAUCGCCGCAGAGGGCGGCCGGGAGCCUGCUGGCAGAAAAGCACGACACAUCGUGCGUCUCCUGCUGGAGGAGCACUAUUCUGCUAACUUGAACGUCAUUGCAACCGACUAUCGCUCAACACUUAUCUCAGUGCCCAAGCUUGCUGAAGGCCAGUUCAAUGUUCGCUACAAAGAUACAAACGAUAAAGAGUACCCUGAGUACCCGAAUAUCCACCUCACUUCCACCAAUGCAGGGAGCAUGCUGAGCUCCAAGCCCGAAAUUGUUCUGGCUCUGAACGUCAUCCUAGGUCAUCAUCCGAAGACCGAGCGCUCGGUAGCCUCCAUCGGCGGAAACAGACAUUACAGCUUCCAAGAAGGCAUCAAGGAGCGAAUGAGGCGGCCAGACCAUUACCUCGAUCUCCAUCUCAGCUAA